CCGUUGUCACGUGAGAGUGGCGUCACCGCAGUUCUCGUCUCCUAUUGGUCGGUUAAGCUGUCAGUCAAGUGGCGUCGGCUGGCGAGUUGAGCUGAAUGACAGCGCCGUGCAUCAGCAGUGUAUAUACAAGACAAAAUGGGAAAUAUAUCCAGUUGACGCACUGUAGCUACAGUUUUUUUUUUCUGAAACGUGGCGCCAGACCAUUGAAGACCGGUUUUGAGAAGUCCUCUUUCAUUCUAACCCAAGCUGUGACGGACAGAGGUGAACUUAGGACGGAAAGAGUUCGUGGUUUAGUCACGAAUGGCUUUCGACUCAGUUGGCAGCGACAGAGGCGGAGGUGAGGCUGCGUGGAUCAUGCAUCAGCAGAUGCAGUCCGAUCCCAAGUCAUCCUGGCCUUCCAGCUACAACUCAGACAACAAUAACUGGAACAACGGCAUGGUGAGGCUUUUCCCUGGUUUCUGUAUCUAUAUUUAUAGAUUGUAACCGUCUCUGCAUGGAGGAACUUUUUUAUUUACGUACCCCCCUGGAGCUGAGGUCAACGGACAGGCGUCAUACAAUCCCCAGGCAAUGUCAGCCUAUCCCAAUGGGGUGUACAAUCCAGGACAGUACUCCACGAGUAUGCUACAUCCCUCCAACCCCUUCUACUGCAGUGACCAAGUUCCUUCAAGACAGCCUCAGUAUCAUAGCCAGACCUGUCCUGAGCAGAAUGCGGGGGGUUCAGCUCCUCCCCCCUACCCUGUACCUCACUGCCAAGGGGCCCCUGGCUACCCAGGAGGAUCAUACCCACAUUAUGGAGAAGGAUGCCCUCCGAAUGCUCCCUACCCCAACCAGCAGCCCAUGCUCUCGAGACCCCAGCACGAGACCUGGUCCCACUCUGGAGGAUACGGCCACACACCGCCCCAACAGCAAUGGCCGUCCAAUACCCAGACACCCCAUGGCCACUAUAACCAUGUACGACCACCUCACCCCCCACCGUGGCAAGGACCCGCACCACCUCCAUAUGAGCACAAGGAUCCACCAUAUCAGAGUCAGCCUCAUAUGCACCCUCGAAACCAGCCUCCAGGCUCCAAACCACGAGCCAGCACUCCAAACCCAACUCCACCUCCACCCAAAGCCGCCCAGUUCAGCGCUCCACCUCAAAUCUACAACAAGGCUCCCUCUGGAUGUGGAGGACCCGAGCCCAAACCAGCCCAGAAUGAACAACUUCCAAUGUCUUCCCGCCAAGGGUCGCCCACUCCAGCCCCAUUAAGCGAUAAUCCCAGCCUGGCUCGAGUUCAGCAGGUUCUGGCCAGAGUUCAGCUCCUCCUAGAGGACGUGGAUGAGUUUGUGGGGAAAAAGACUGACAAGAGCUACCGUUGCCUGGAAGAACUUUUGACAAAAGAGCUGCUGGAAUUGGACUCGGUGGAGACCAACGGGCAGGACGUCGUUCGUCAGGCUCGCAAAGAAGCCGUCCAGAGGAUCCAGGCUAUCUUGGACCGCCUUGAGAAAAAGGCUUUCUAAUAACAGAGUGGAUUGAUUAUGAAGGUUCUGGUUGUUUUUUCUUUUUUUUUUUCUUUUGAAUGAUAUCUUCUCAUGAUAACAGAUUAGGAUUAGGAUUGCCAGUUAGUUUGCCAGCAUUAACGUUGUGGUGUUUUGGGGUCAUGUACCCUACUGAUGGUAAUUCAUUAGUUGAAAUACAGACGCAAAAUGUCCUAAUCAUUGCAGUGCCAUACUCAAACCAGCCUUCUGCCAUCCAGCAAAGAGCAAUGGCAGUCUGACAUCUGCUCAGAAUUAAACAUAAGUCUCAUUGCAUAACACCAUCUUAAGACUUUCUUUUUUUUAUUGAGUCUAGGCAGACUGAAAGGAUGAUAAAAAGAUAGUUA